AUGGCUAAAGAUGUAGAGGGAGCUGAGCAUGGUGAGUUUGCAGCCAAAGACUACCAUGACCCUCCUCCAACCCCCUUCUUUGAUGCUGAGGAGCUGACCAAAUGGUCUUUCUACAGAGCUCUUAUUGCUGAGUUCGUUGCCACCCUUCUGUUCCUUUACAUCACCGUUUUGACCGUCAUUGGCUACAAGUCCCAGAGCAGUGGAGACCAAUGCGGCGGCGUUGGCAUUCUCGGCAUCGCCUGGGCCUUUGGUGGCAUGAUCUUUGUCCUUGUUUACUGCACCGCCGGUAUUUCUGGGGGACACAUAAAUCCAGCUGUGACCUUUGGACUAUUCUUGGCUCGCAAGGUUUCACUGCCGAGGGCAGUCUUGUACAUCGUAGCCCAGUCUUUGGGUGCGAUCUGCGGUGUUGGGUUGGUGAAGGCCUUCCAAAAGACAUACUACGAGGAGUAUGGCGGUGGAGCCAACGAGUUGGCUGCUGGGUACAACAAGGGCACUGGCUUGGGAGCUGAGAUCAUUGGUACCUUUGUUCUUGUCUACACUGUCUUCUCUGCCACUGACCCCAAGAGAAAUGCCAGAGACUCCCAUGUCCCUGUCUUGGCACCACUUCCCAUUGGAUUUGCUGUUUUCAUUGUUCACCUGGCAACCAUCCCAAUCACUGGAACUGGUAUCAACCCUGCUAGAAGUUUUGGAGCUGCUGUGAUCUACAACAAGGACAAAGCUUGGGAUGACCAAUGGAUCUUCUGGCUUGGACCAUUUAUUGGAGCUGCCAUUGCUGCCUUGUACCACCAAUACAUUCUGAGAGCAGGAGCCAUUAAGGCUCUAGGAUCUUUCAGGAGCAAUGCUUAG